AUGCUAUUUGAUUUACCUGCAGAACUAACGGACCAUGUCGUAAAACAGUUGAAUAACCACAGCGACUUCUUACGUUUGGGUUCAUCAUGCAAGCAAGCACGUGCCGCGUGCAAACCUAAAAUCUUCUCCGAUCUAAGGAUUCAAAUCGGUCGUGAAUCCCAGAACGACAGAAACAUCUCCCUUCUCAAGAGCCUGUCCCGCGGAGAGACGGAUGUAGCGAAAUUCGUGCAUAACUUGUCGAUCUUCACGAUCUUCCCUCAUCGUUACAACUCUCGCCGUUCCGAGUUGGCGGACGCCUAUAACAGGACGGCUUGUACAAAGGCGCGCGCAUUGGAGAGGAUGCUGAAGCUAAUCGUUCGCGUGAUCCCGCAGUUUGUUUCCCUGGAGUAUAUUCAUUGUGAUUUGGAGCCUUCAGGUGGCUACAAGGCUGCUGAUGUCGACACCAUCGUCCGGGCUCUGGCGAGUCUACCCUGCCUCACCAGCUUGAGCCUCGAUUUCGGACAUGGCCCAUUCCUUCUGGUUCCCCCAUAUCUGACCAGAUCCUCUUUAAGUCAAUUCAAAAACCUCCACUCUGUAGAGAUAUGGGGAGAAGCCAGUUCCUACGAAACUGUCCUCGGUCCAUUGCUCGCGAACAAUCCUGGGCUGAUCCGUUUAACCAUCUUCGGCGGACGGUCCGUACUCGUGACAUCGCUCAGUGAAAUCGAGGCCCGGUACGAUAUCCGCGCCGUCCCUGCUAUCACUAGUAUUUUCGUUGGAUGUUCCUUGGACGCUACCAUCCCGCGAUUCCUGCCCCAUCUUCGCCAUCUCCGCACCGCAAACGUUGACAUCCCAGACGACUUUUGGACGGCACUCACCCAUAAGGGAGUUAAACUCGUCACUUUACUCACCAAUACCACAACGGACAUCCUCAUGGCGUAUCUCGAGUCUUACUCUGGUCUAGAGGUGCUUUCGUUGUCACCGGUGAACGAUCAUCACGCGGAGGCGUUCUAUCGGCACGUUCUCGUACAACAUUCCUACUCAUUGAGAAAGCUCUCCAUUGAGAUUAAGUCGGUGGGGAAAUGGUGCGUUGGUCCGCGUGUUCUUGAGGUGUUAUCACGGUGCGUGGGGUUGGUCGAGCUGAACGUGCCCAUCUAUGCGACGCAUCAGCCUGGUGUCGUGUACGAUCCACGACAAGUUGCUGUGAGUAUCUUGGAAAUCUUGUCGUGA